AUGGCUUGUCUUCGAGCGAGUCCCCGACUUUCGAAGUCCCUCACGUGCUAUGCAAGCUUUCUGCGUCGAUACUCUGCAAAGUCAAAUGACGACAUUGAAUCAAUACUCGCCAAGCCAAGCUGGUCUGUCCAGUCUCUGAUCCCAAAAAAUACUUCCGAACAAACAACAUCAGUUACCUCAAAACAACUCCGGCAUCUCCUCCGCCUAUCGGCCCUACCACAACCAGCGAACGCCGAAGAAGAGCAGUCUAUGUUGCGAACCCUUGAGUCCCAAAUUCAUUUCGUGAAGGAAAUGCAAUCUGUACAUACCACAGGGAUCGAACCACUCAGUAGUAUUUGCGACGAAAGCCCCGAUGCUAUUAAGGAGAUGACCAUUGGACUUGAAAAACUUCGGGAUGCUUUAACUCAAGAACAUGUCAGUGGGCGGAGGAAAAGGAUCCAACGCAUACAAGGCGAGAAGAAUAAUAGUCCGGAUGGUUCAACCUGGGAUGGCAAUUCUCUUUCUGCAGCUUCAAAGACUAAAGGGAAAUACUUUGUGGUUGAGACAGGUUCAAGCUGA